AUGCAAAGGACACCAGGCCCCGGUGGCGGUGGAAUCGGGCCGCUUGGGCUACAAGGACCGCCCAGGUCGCUCAAGAUAUCGCCCGUCAAGAUACAAGACGAACCCGGGGACCCGAUGUCACAGAAGAGCCGUAGCUCGCUGUGCGUCGGUUGCGGCGGCAGGAUACACGACCAGUGGAUCCUGAGGGUAGCGCCGGAUCUCGAGUGGCACGCGGCUUGUCUCAAGUGCGCGGCUUGCCAGCAGUUCCUGGACGAGAGCUGCACCUGCUUCGUACGCGACGGCAAGACCUACUGCAAGGACGAUUACGUCAGGUUGUUCGGGACGAAGUGCGACAAGUGCCGGAUGUCGUUCAACAAGAACGACUUCGUGAUGCGAGCCAAGACGAAGAUCUACCACCUGGAUUGUUUCCGGUGCUCGGCGUGCGCGCGGCAACUGGUGCCCGGGGACGAGUUCGCGUUGAGGUCCGACGGGUUGUUCUGCCGGCACGACCACGACGCGCUCGAGGGCGAGAAGUUGUGCGGCGGCGCCGCGGGCCCCAUCGGGACCGGACCCCUGCCUGGGAACGAGAACAACAACAACGCCAAUCUCACCAACAACAAUCACCACCUCGGACACCCGAACGACGGAUCGCUCUCAGACUCGGGGUCGGAGAGCGGCUCGCACAAGACGGUCGGUGGCGGCGGUCGGGGCGGCGGCUCGGGUCACAAGGGCGGCGGCUCCGACGGCAAACCGACGCGCGUCCGUACCGUCCUCAACGAAAAGCAGCUCCACACGUUGCGCACCUGCUACGCGGCCAACCCGAGGCCCGACGCCCUCAUGAAGGAACAGCUCGUCGAGAUGACCGGCCUGAGCCCGCGGGUGAUACGGGUCUGGUUUCAGAACAAACGCUGCAAGGACAAGAAACGGACCAUCGCCAUGAAGCAGCAGCUCCAGCAGGAGAAGGACGGUCGUAAGCUCGGCUUCCCCGGAAUGCACGGGAUACCCAUGGUGGCGAGCAGCCCCGUGAGACACGAGAGCCCCAUCGGUAUGACGCCCCUCGAGGUGCAAGCGUACCAGCCACCCUGGAAGGCCCUCUCGGACUUUGCUCUGCACACCGAUCUCGAAAGGCUCGACCCGAACACGCCGACCUUCCACCACCUCGUGUCGCAGAUGCACGGCUACGACAUGCACGGCGGACCGUUGCCACAGGGCCAAUUGGGACCUCCGGGUAUGAUGGGUGGGCCAAUGGGCGACGGAGGUGGGCCGGCCGGGGGCCAUCUCGGGCCGCCAGGUCCGCAUCAGGGACACGGGCCUGACAUGGGCCAGCAUCCCGACAGCACGGACAGCUACGUGACUUACCUCGAGAGCGACAGCGACUCGUUGCAACACGACCAAGGCAGUCCGUAAUGAUGCCUGUAUAGAAAAUUGGU